AUGGGGAAGAAACACAAGAAGCAUAAACCAGAGUGGAGAACAGUCGAUGACUAUGAAGACAAAGCCCUGGAGAAGCCGCUCAAACUUGUGCUCAAAGUUGGAGGCAGUGAAGUGACCGAACUCUCUGGAUCGGGUCACGACUCAAGUUACUAUGACGACAGAUCCGAUCCAGAGCGAGAACGACACAAGGACAAAAAGAAAAAGAAGAAGAAGAAGUCUGAGAAGGACAAGGACAAAUAUGUGGAUGAUGAUGAGAGGAGACGCCGAAAGGAGGAAAAACGGAAGAAGAGAGAACGGGAACAAAACGAGACCGAAGCUUCUUCCGCCAGCGCCGUAAUUCCAGAAGAAAAGUUUACACCAAAACCAAUUAGCAUUUCAUUGGAGCCAGAGGAGAAGAAAAAGAAAAAGGAAAAGUUUGACAUCGAGCAGGAUUUAGAAGAGUUCCAUCCAAAUAUGAAAGUGGACGUGGAGCAGCAAGGAGAUCGCCCAGUCAGAUCAUGCAGGACGCAACACGAAAGUGAAUCCACUCCGAGACAACAGUUGCUGGAGCACUUUAUACGGCAGCUACAAAGGAAAGAUGCCCACGGCUUUUUUGCGUUUCCAGUGACUGACGCAAUCGCUCCGGGUUAUUCCAUGAUCAUCAAGCAUCCCAUGGACUUUAGCACUAUGAAAGACAAAAUUGAAAACAACGACUACAACACAGUGACAGAAUUCAAGGCUGACUUCAAACUAAUGUGUGACAACGCCAUGGUGUACAACCGGCCAGAGACCGUUUACUAUAAAGCUGCUAAAAAGCUGCUUCACACAGGAUUCAAGAUGAUGAGCAAGGAGCGGUUGUUGGUUCUCAAACGCAGCAUGUCCUUUAUGCAAGAGAUGGACUACACUCAGCAGGCAGCCAUCCUCGGGGACGAAGAUCUCACGGACGAUUUGCCUCCUCCAGAGAUCCUGCCUAUAGCUGUGGACUCCGCAAAGAAGUCUCGGAAGCAACCAGCCAAAGAAGUGAUCAGUUACCUCUUUGAGCAGGAGGGAAACGCCUGCAGUCUGACAGACAGCACAGCAGAGGAGCACGUUCUGGCUCUUGUUGAACACGCGGCAGAUGAAGCUCGCGAUCGAAUCAACCGAUACAUGCCCAACUCCAAGAUUGGUUAUUUACAAAAAGAAGCAGAGGGAAAUCUACUCUAUUCAGUUGUGAAUCAACUGGAUCCUGAUGCGACCGAAGAGGAGAUCCAUAAAAUAGACCUCAGUUCACUGUCCCACAAGCUUCUCCCAGGGUUAACAACUCUGGGAUUCAAAGACGACAGACGCCACAAAGUGACAUUUUUGAGCAGUGCGUACAAUGUGCAAAGUCUGCAGAAGAAUUCAGUCUUCCCAGAUUUGUGUCCUGAUGAAGUGGACAUGCUGUACUCUGCCUAUGGGGAUGAAACUGGAGUACAGUGUGCAUUAAGUAUGCAAGAGUUUGUGAAGGGCUGUAGCAGCGUCACAAAGCGUUUGGUGGAUGGUCUUCUGGACAAAAUGACUGCGGGAGAUCACACUAAGGCUGUGCAUCAGAUCAGACAGAAAAGGAAUAUGGCACUUAAGCCUGAUGACACCAAAGGCGGCAUUUGUGACAUUCAGAUGUCAGAUGGCACUGGUUUGGGAGACAGCGGCUCUGUGCUUGAUUUUAUGUCUAUGAAGAACUAUCCUGACAUGUCACUGGAUAUUUCCAUGUUGAAUUCUUUGGGAAAGACAUUAAAAAAAGAACCAAGUAACGAGGAGCAGCAGAACUUUGAAGAAGCAGACAAACUGCUGCAGGAGUUUCAGGAUGCUCAGGUCGAGAGAGUGGGAUCUCGACCAUCAUCUAACCUGUCGUCUCUGUCCAAUGUCUCAGAACGAGACCAGCAUCAUGUUGGGAGUCCGUCACACCUGGGUGACCAGUCUGAGCUGGUUCAUGACCCCUAUGAGUUCUUACAGUCUCCAGAGCCUGAAGGUUCAGGCAGCUGA